GGAUUGAAUGGAUCAAGAAUUACGACGAUUUUAUCGUCACUGCCAGAUUUUUCAACUUCUGGGAGUAGUAAACAGUCAGCUAUUCAGAUAUGAUACCUCUCCGUUACAGAAAAAAAACACGAAAUAAGCAAGCGAGACUCACGGGCAGAGAAUCUCAAUCAUUGUGACACAGAGCGAAGACCAGUGAAAUAUUAUCCAUGAGAGUUAUGUACGGUCGACUCACGGUUCUGUCGCCAAUCUCUAGCUGCACCGACAACGAACUACAGAGUUCGGUAGUGAUUGAAAUCGAAAGUUCCCUCGUCGAAGCGGCCGUAGGUUGGUGAGGGUAUCAACGGAACUGUCAUUCGUUCAAUUAAGAGGAGAUAUAAUUCGGUGAAGGAUGUUCACCUGAACGACUGGAAAGUGAGUGCGAUAUGACUCGAAGUUUGAACCCCGAUUCCUUGACCGAAUCUCGAUGGCUUCUUCGCUGGCUACGAACUUGGUGCUCAGAGACUCGUCGAUAGUCAAAGCAUUCUGUGGCGAACAGUGACUCAUUCGAUUCGGGGUUGCGCGAAACGAAUUCUAUGUUGUCUGUGAUGUGACUGUAAACAAUGGACGAUUACUUUUACCUCGAAGAAGUGGCCUAUCCGGGCGUGGAUUACCGGGCUACGAAGCCCGAUUACGAUCAGGCGCACCACCAUGCAAACGCGAGGCCGGGGGCGAUCAAUCCUGUAAACGGGGGGUCUGUGGUACCAGGUGAGAGUGAAGGGUAUGAGCUGACCCUACUUGACUCCCCUUGCGUUUACGAUGUCCCCCAGUACCCGAACUACCAUCCGGGGGCUCCAGGACCCGCGCCGUACUCGAACACGGCGACUUAUCAGCCGCAUUUUAGUCAAAAUUAUGACUUCAGUCCCACCAUCACCAAGACCUCCAACGUGGUGGCAGCCCCGAAGGAUAUCAAGCUGGACCUUGUGCCCGACACGGUGCUGCAUCCUCUGGCGGACAGAGAGAAAGUGGGGCAGCACAGAACCUGCGUCAGGCCCCAGCGAAGACGACGCCAUCGCCCGCCGGGCAAAGAGGUCAUCAAGACCAGGAGGGUGGCAGCCAACGCCCGCGAGAGGCGUCGCAUGCACGGGUUAAACGACGCCUUCGACCGACUGCGGGAGGUCAUUCCGUGCCUGGGGAGUGACAGGAAGCUCUCCAAAUUCGAGACGCUGCAGAUGGCACAGACGUACAUCGCAGCUUUGCAAGAACUCCUGAAGUCGUCUGGGAGUGCGAGGUGAAGAUAGGACGACACGAAGGAAUAAACUUCUCAUCAGGUCAGACGUUCCUCGACUUCGAGAAUAUUUGGGUGGGAUCCUACGCCUACCUAAAUGAAUUACGGAGCAACGGGGCUCGUCAACUCUCGCUAGCUUUAUUCAGUUAAGGAAGUGGAAAAUUUAGUUGUUUAAUGUUGUUGUCAUUGCAUACCAUCUUCAUUUUCUAUAAUGACAUUUUUUUUCUAGUGUCAUUACGCUCUAUUGCAUUAUCAAAUGAAGUCAUUAGAUAUAUAAGGAGAGCAAUUACACCGAAUCUGUUUUAUCGCAAUUAUUCUUUGUUCUUGAUUUGAGGAAAACGUGUAUUGUUACAAAAGUAAUGUUAUAUAGUUCGUUAUGGUUGUUAUGUUAAUUGUUGACAUGAAAGGGGAAUUUUUGUUUUUUGUUUAGUGUAAUAAAUUGCACAUAACUGUGAGGCUGCUGACUGAGAUAACCUGAAACUGCAUUUGCUCCUAUUAUUUGUAUCAAAUAAUUCUGUUUGAUUUAUCCGGUGAAACUGGGCUGCUAUUUUGUGGGUUGUUGAAUCAAAAUCAACAUUAUUGUAUGUUAACAGUUACUUAGUUCUUUGAUCUACACACGCAAAACCUGAACUUGACUUAGAAUUAUGUUUGUUAUUCCACGAAAUUACAUUUAAAAAUACCUGGAAAAAUUUUAUACAUUUAUUUAAUACACUCACCCAUUCAAGCACAAACACACGAUUGAGAGAGAGAGAGAGAGAGAGAGAGAGAGAGAGAGAGAGAGAGAGAGAGAGAGAGAGAGAGAGAGAGAGAGAGAUUUCUCAAAACUGAAAUAGAAGUUUUCUGUUUAAUCUAUAACAGCUUUGAUGUACUCCAAUCGUUACUCUAAAAUAACAAACAGUGACGUGGUAUAAAGUAAGGUGAAUGAAGUAAAUUAUAAUUUUUUUCUUAUGUAUAUUGACUAUGUCUGCAUGAUAUAUCUUUCACAUUAAUUCCCAGUCUUUAAGCAAAACAUCCCACCAAGGUUUCUGACACAAUAUCUUGCCUAUUAUUCAUAAAUAAACAACCACAACAUACAUUGCAAAGUCAGCGUCACCAGGUUUAAAAUGCACACUUAUGAAAAAGGGAAAAUCCAUUAUAAGUUAUAUAAGUACGGUAAUAAAUUAAUAAAGUAAAAAUAUCAAAUGAAAAAUAUCGCACAAACAACCGAUUUAUUAAACAUUCAGGUGUAAGAAAGCCAACAACGAUGAUUAUAAUAUAUUCAUAAAUUGGUUUCGUUUUUAGUGCAAAAAUUAAUAUGGAAGUGGAUGAUUCCUAAAAAUUUCUUCAACGCUUUGAUUACAAAUAAAAUUAUGCCCUUUCAGCAGGGCCUACAGUAUACCACGCUACUCAAGUUAUGUAUUUUCUCCUCCGAAUCUUAAACUUAGUUUAGGUUUAGCAGGCUGGGCUAGGGUUAAACUCACUUUUGGAUGGUAAUACAACUUAUGCCUAACCGUGAUUAUUCUAUAACCAUUCAUGUCAGUCUUAGUAUCGUGCAUUGUUUGGCUAAGGUGCACCGACUUUCACUCCCUCCCUAUCAUUUAA